AGAAAUUAGGGCGCGCUGAAUUACCGGAAAUAGAAGAAUGCGAUGCUAGCAGUCACUCGCUCAGCAACUGUAUUAUUAACUCCAUCGCAGCGGUUGUAACAGUGUUUUAAGAUUAAUUACAGGCUAAUAUAACAACAUAUAAGGCUAUACAUUUACACUAUAUAUACAUUUUAUUGUAUUAUUGUUUUUUGUUGCUUUUCUCAUCGCUGUUGAAAACAGACCAAUCACAGAAAGAACAUUUCUUAAAUUGUUUUUACAGUGAACGCUGGCAAUGUUUAAUUUGGAUGUUUUAACCUCGCAAUAAAGAUGUUUGUAUAUUUAACGGCUGCUAUUUUAAUUUACAAAUAUCUCCAACAACUUAAUCAAAUCUAAUAUGGUAUGAAGAAGGUUUUAUGGAGGAUUCGGCACUGUGAGCCACGGAGGGCCCCCUGCAGGUGUUAAAUAUUAUCAUCAAAUUAAACAGCGCUGUCCGCUCCACUGCUUUACAUUGAAGGUAGUGAGUGGGAUUCCGAAGCGAAAGGUGCAGAACAGACCGCGAUCUCCCCUGCAACGCGCUUUUUAUAGAGGAGCGAAACUGAAGAUGGCAUCUGGAAGGAUUCGCUCCACUCGCCGUCUGCGAUCCUGGAUAGUGGAACAGGUGAACAGUGGGAUGUAUCAUGGUCUAGAGUGGGAUAACCCUGAAAAGACCAUGUUCCGUAUCCCUUGGAAACAUGCAGGAAAACAGGAUUUUCGGAGUGAGGAAGAUGCAGCUAUUUUCAAGGCUUGGGCUGCGUUUAAAGGAAAGCUUUCGGAGAAUGAAAGUUCAGACCCUGCAUCCUGGAAAACUCGCCUUCGCUGUGCCCUCAACAAAAGUCUAGAGUUCAGUGAGGUCACUGAAAGAUCACAGCUGGACAUCUCAGAGCCGUACAAAGUGUACCGCCUUGUUCCACUUGAAGAACAAGGUGUGAUGAAAGUGAAGACAGAGGAGGUACGGCGAGCUGUGAGGAGCACCAGGAGGAAACGCAGAAACUCUGAGAGAGAUGAAGAUGUCGCAUGCAGAAAGAUCAAAGAUGAGGUCACUGCGACGGAGCCAAUCAGCAUGAGUGCACAGGAAAUGGUCCCAAGUACAGAAAAUAAGAUCACACUCCAAGCAGAGGUGGAGACUACAGCCUUAAAGAGUGACAACAGUAAUGUUCUGAAUUUACUGCCUGAAUUCCAUUUGUAUGGUCAAGAUGGUGACAAUAUCCAGUUAAACUUGACCAUUGAAGCAGUACCUUUGUCGAUAGAAAACAGAGUAAUGCACUCUUUCCAUGUAAGCGUGCACUACAUUGGUCAGGAGGUUUUACGGCGAGAAAUAAUAAGCAACGAUGUUCGGAUUGCAUACCUGCCCCCCUCACCCAUCCCCCCGUCACCACCGUCUCUGAACGGUACUGGCUUCUCUCGAAUCCCACUUCCAGACCCCCCCUCAGACAUGGACUCCAUCCCCAGCCUCGCACCACGUCUGCAAGCGCUGUCCAAACUGUUGCCCUUCAUGGAGCGGGGAGUAGUGCUCACAUCUACUGGAGUGGGCAUCUACGCCAAACGCUUCUGUCAGGGGCGGGUGUUUUGGAGAGGACCACACACCACCACCACAGAACCAUGUAAAAUGGAGAGAGCGGGCGAGCCCACUCUACUCUUCAGCAAGGAAAGAUUCAGACAAGAGCUGGACUCUUUCCGCAGUGGAGGAAAUCCACCUCAAAGUGAAAUCACACUGUGUUUUGGAGAAGAGCUGUUUGAUGGAGAGGACCUCUCUGAGAAACACAUCAUUAUUAAGAUCUCCCUCCCAUGGGCUGAGUUGCAGAUACAGGAGGUCCAGACCUUCAGAGACUCGAUCGCAAUUCUAAGAAGCUUGGCAAGUCAGUCCCCUUCAGGGGAGGUCACGCUGAACUUUGAAGUAUCAGAGCCAGUGAUAACUAUCCCUUAAUAUAACACUCACUGUACAGAUGAAAUUGAAGAAUCAUGACCUGAGACAACUUGCAGAAACACCUACAUUUACAUUUCACUUCAAAAUGUAUGUUAGUGGUCAUUAACUAAAUACUUCUAUAAUGAUUCCACCCAGAUAUUUAUAAAUAGUAUAAAAUGUUAUCAGUAGUAAAUAUGGCAUUGUCUCAUUGUAUGUUUCAUUGCAAAUUGUUGCUUUGUGACUUUCUCAAGUCACUGUACAUUAUCCCAUACAGGCUAGUGAAAAUGUGAGUAAUGAUAUAUUAUUUGUCGUCUGUUAUGUAUUUUAUAUUUAACUGAGAAUCACAAUGUACUCAGCACAUGCAUUGUAAUUUGCAUUAACAACAAACUGUGCAUUCAACUACAAAUUGAAUGUUAUACAUUUUCAUAGAUAAAGUGUAGACUAGAAUUUAUAUAAUGAUAACUAGAUCAUCCAACACUAAUGUAUUUUAUUGGGUUGACUCGUUUAAAAUGGGGUUGUCAUUUGUGUAUGACGCAUUAAAUAAUGGUAAUGGUGUUUAAAUUGGCUGCAGAUAUUCUAUAAAAAUGGUAUGACCAAUAUCAACAUUUUAAGUCAUGAUAAAGGCACUGGAGUGUCCUAAAUAAUUUGCCUAAAAUUGUAUGUCCUCAUAUGGGGACAAUGGGUCUAUGAUUUGAUUUUUUUGUUUUUAAAUUAACAGCAAUUUAUUGAAAGUCAGCUUUGUGUAUCAAAUUGUUAUCAUGUUUUAUUUACUUUGGCAACAACAUCUCAAUGUUCUCACAUUGCAUUGUCAAACAAACAAGUGGUAGAGCUGUAGCAUUUGAUAAAAUCAGAAAUUAAAUUAAUUCUGAAUCAAAGUAAUGGUCAGCAUAGUCCAAUGGCUGCCAAUCCUGUUUAAAUUGAGCUUCAUCUAUUCUGAAUCUAUGUACUGUUACAAUUUACUAUGUAAUGUACAACAAAGUCCAAUGACUACCAAUCAUGACAAACUGUGCAGAAUGUUAUCUGUAGCCUUGAACAUUAUUCCUAACCUUAUGUUAGGCAUGAAUGCACUUUGCUGCAUAGAAAAAGCAUAGACAGUAGGGUUUGCACAGUCUUGUUGACUGCAACUAAUGGAGUAGGCACCAUCAGUCAAAGUCAACCAGUCGCUCACCACUUGAUUUAUAAAAUGCUUCUGUAGGAAAUACAGCAUGUUUAAAGCCCAUUGGCUCAAAUGUAGACUGCGAUGUUCUGUCAGACUCGGACUGUAAAAGUCGCACACACAGAAUGGACUUCAGAACUGGUGUUUGUUUACUGUGUUGCUCUUCUAAACAAUGCAAUUUUCCCAGGGUCCUAUGUUCCCCAGCUCUAUAUAGCACAUAAUUAGAACCUGAAAAACAUGUUCCUCAGCUCUGUAUCCGCUUAAUAUGACAUGGGCUAUUGUGGGAACUCGUCAAAGGGGUUUUCUGUUCCCCAGCACUGCCAUAUGGCUCUCAAUAUAAUAGGCCUACAUGUGAGGGAACUUUUCAAAUGGUUCAUGGAUUCACCAAAGUUAGCUUAAUUCUUUCUUAGGUGAAAACUAGCAUAGUAUACAUGUUUUUGAAUCUAACUCUCAUACUUCACAUCUGUCUUCUAACUGAUAUGAAAAAUCAUGACUUAAGUAUCUAAUUUAAUCCACUUUGUUUUUGUCUACAAAUAGCAUAUGCUAGUUUAUUUUUCUGCAUUUAUCUAAAUUGAUUUUGAACAGCUUUUUCUAUUUUAAAUUUUUUUUUGCUGUGACUGACAUCUCACUGCUGAAAUGUCCAAAUACACAUGCAUGAUAUUAUAAAAAUAGAACAGUGGCAUGCAGAGGCUUUCAAAGUGGCAGCGGCAAAAAUUUUUUUAAAAGAGGGCACAUGGCAAGCACCAGUCGUGUCUCUAGACAUUUUAAACAGCACCCAAAGAGAAUAUGAGAUGU